AUGGCUCCCAAGAAGAAGAAACCCAAUCCCCAACAACCUUCCAAGUUCGGCAUCCACCACUUCUUCGAUCGGGCCUCUCAGAAACACCACCACCUUCAACCCCACACCACCACCACCACCACCGCAACCAACGCCACCACCUCCACCAACACCACCACCGACAAUCCACCACAAGAACCCAACGAAGUGUCUCCGCAGACACGCUUCAAAUUCUCACCUGGAAUGUUGGUGAAGCAGAGCCAGGAGGACGCUGUCAACGAGGUCACCUGGAAAAUAUCUCCCGUGAAUGAGAGGCUCCAGGCAGUUUCCAAACAUACGCCUGAAGUGCUCAAAUCCUUGGCUGCCUCUUCCAAAAUGAACUUGUCGCCAAUUCGCAAUGACAGCGGCAAGGAGGCAAAUUUUCUCUUUGUUUCUUUAGUUUUGACUUUUCUGGAUAAGGUUGCUUCGCCAACUCCUAAGGUGCCGUUGAGCUUCAAAAGGUUAAACUCGACCCGUGAUGUGAGUGGACAGAGUCCCUUCAGAACUCCGCCGUCUUUGUCCUAUCGCCCUGACAAGGUGCAGCGUGUCAAGGAUGUUGAACACAAGGGACAGUGUGACCAACCUUUACUACGACAGAACAAAAAGGCAUUGCUUGAACUCUUAGAUCAAGUUGAAGAUGCCAUUGCUGUUGAUGAUGCUCCAGUUUGUAAUAACAACCCUUCUUCCUUUCAAGUACCUCAAAAUCAAUUUGCUGGUGAGCUCCCUGUCAAAGUCAAACCUGCAGUAGAAAGGACCAAAUCAUAUUUGCCUAAAGAGAAUGCAAACGUCUUCUCCAAUUCUAAUUAUUUGGUUUUGGAGGUAUCUGAACUUAGGUCUGCUGAUUCCUUUGCUGCUCAAUGCUCAUACAAGGUGCUGUCUUGUAGUGUAAUUGCACCUGGAGAUACUGUGCACGUAAUCGGUCAAUUCGAUGAAGGGGGGAAUUGUGAUAUUGAUCAUGAUAAAAACUUUUUGAUUGUACACCCAGAUAUUCUAGUGUCUGGAACACGGGCGUUCAAAGAUAGUGUUGGAUGUGUUGCUUCCAGUUUUAGUUGCCCGAGGAGAACUGUCUUAGACGAGAGGUUGAAAAACAAUGAUUACUCAACUGCAGCGUUAGCUGGAACCAUGCUGCAUCAAAUUUUUCAGGCUGGGCUUACAAAAGACCAUCCUACAGUAAAUUUCAUGGAAGAUUAUGCAGAAUUGGUAUUACAGAAAAACAUUGAAAGUUUGUAUGCAUGUGGAGUAAAUGAAAAUGAUGUUCGCAAAACUAUGAGAGAUGCUAUUCCUAGAAUAUUAAGUUGGAUCGGGCAGUUUAAAAAUAUGGAGCCGCUAUGUGAGUCAUUGUGUUAUGGCUUCAACAUGUGCGCUGCAUCUUUGGCAAGUCUUCAACUAAUGGAAUUUUCAGCAGACAAUGAAAGAAAAGACCCGAAUGUCAAAUUUGGAUUCGAUAAUGGGCCAAAGAAUGUUGGCAUAUCUGAGGCAAGCUCCAAUCUAUUCUCUUUUGUAAUUGAUAUUGAAGAGAUGGUGUGGGCUCCAAAAUAUGGUUUGAAAGGGAUGAUUGAUGCUUCAGUCAGAGUGAAAAUUCAAUCACAAAAAGACGAGCAGGAGGAAAAAAUCAUGCCGAUAGAAUUCAAAACGGGGAAAACACGAAAUAGCCAGGCAUGUUCUGUUGAACACAGUGCCCAAGGCAUUGUGGUUCAAAGAUCUGACUUAACUGGGCUUAUAAUGCGACGGAAUGAACUAGCAAGUGAUAUUCUGAAGGCAUUGACUUUUCAACAACUGCCUCCAAUGUUACAGAGUCCUAGCAUUUGCAGAGGUUGUCGCCAUCUUAAUGUUUGUGGCAUUUAUCAUAAGGCAAAUGGUGGAAGCGCAGAGAGCAGUGGGUUGGGAGAAAUUUUUUAUUCUCUUACUAAUCACAUGACAUCUUCGCAUACUAAUUUUCUCGGCCAUUGGGAUCGUUUGAUUGAUUUAGAAGCUAAAGAGACUGAGCUUUUAAAGAAAGAGGUGUGGCAAUCACAUAGUGCAAAGAGUUCAAACAGUAGUGGCCUUUGUUCUAUUGUUCUUGAUGGCUCACAAGGAAUACCUCUUAAGAAAUCUGUCAAAGAGAAUCAAUUCAUUUAUCGCUUCAUUCAAGAAGAUUCUUCUUCUUACCUUUCUGAAGUUUCUGAUGCGUCUUCUAGUGCCUCAUUGAAAAAUGAUUUAGAUUUCACACUUCGAAGUGGAGAUCAUGUGGUAAAGUUAGAAUGUGUUGUGGCAAGGACAAUUCCUACAAUAGCUGUUGUAGUGAAGAAUGUACAUAAUGGACUCCUAAUUACCAAAGAAGAGUCCUCUCAGUCCGCAUUGAUAGGUGAGGCCCUAUCAAUAACUGGAUCGGCCAUUCACCCAAGUCUCAUAUCAUUGGCUUACCGAUUCCGUGUUUGGUCAACUCCCGAGGUUGUCUUCGUGACGGUUUCCUUUUCUAAGCGUUUGCGAAUUCCGGGGUGUUCUUCCACUGCACAUGAUCUCAUUCAGCAGGUUUGGAGAAUUGACAGGGAUGAAGCUGUGACUUCCUUUGCAGUUAUGAGGUUUAAUCUUGUACAACUAUUUCUACAAAAUGAUCAAAGUGCUCAUUUGCGGCGGAUGAUUGUUGAUCUUGAGGCUCCUAGAUUCGACAGUGGAUCUCUACUUAGCCAGGAUCCUGCGAUAUCCUAUGUUUGGUCAGAAAAGAGUUUGAAUUAUGACCAACGUAAAGCAAUUCUAAAGAUACUUACAGCAAAAGAUUAUGCACUUAUAUUAGGGAUGCCUGGAACAGGGAAAACUUCCACAUUAGUUCAUGCUGUGAAAGCUUUGUUGAUUAGAGGGACAUCCAUUUUGCUAACCGCCUAUACAAAUUCUGCUGUUGAUAAUUUACUCAUCAAAUUAAAAGCACAGGGAAUUGAUUUUGUACGAAUUGGAAGACAUGAAAUAGUGAAUGAGGAGGUCAGAGAACACUGCCUCUCAGCAAUGAGUGUACAAGGUGUUGAAGAUAUCAAAAGAAGGUUGGAACAAGUCAAAGUUGUUGCAGUUACUUGUCUUGGCAUUUCUAGUCCCUUGCUUGCCAAUACAAGGUUUGAUGUAUGCAUUAUGGAUGAAGCUGGACAGACAACUUUACCAGUGUCCUUGGGCCCUCUAACAUUUGCUUCAAUGUUUGUUCUUGUUGGGGAUCAUUAUCAACUGCCACCACUUGUCCAGAGUACAGAAGCCCGAGAGAAUGGCAUGGGGAUAAGUUUGUUCUGUAGACUCUCUGAAGCACAUCCACAAGCUAUUUUAGCUCUACAGAGUCAGUAUCGUAUGUGUCAGGACAUUAUGGACCUUUCAAAUGCCUUGAUAUAUGGUGACAGAUUGAGGUGUGGUUCAGUUGAGGUAGCUAAUGCAAAACUCGAGUUUUCAGGCUUAAAGUGUGACUUGCCUUGGCUAGAAAAUGUUUUGAAUCCUCGAAGACCUGUGAUAUUUAUUGAUACUGACAAGUUGCCUGCUUUAGAGUCAAGAGAUCAGAAGAUUGUAAAUAACCCUAUUGAAGCUCAAAUAAUUGCUGAGGUUGCAAAGGAAUUAGUAAAAAAUGGAAUCGGAAAAGAACACAUUGGCAUUAUAACUCCAUAUAAUUCCCAGGCAAACGUCAUCCGGCAAGCUGCUUGCAUGACUUCCUUGGAGAUACAUACCAUUGACAAAUACCAGGGUAGAGAUAAGGACUGUAUAUUAUUAUCUUUUGUAAGGUCUACCGAAAACCCAACAAGCUGUGCUGCUUCUCUGCUUGGAGACUGGCACAGGAUAAAUGUGGCUCUUACUCGUGCUAAGAAAAAGUUGAUAAUGGUAGGGUCUCGGAGAACUCUAUCGAAGGUUCCUCUACUGAAACUUCUUAUUAGCAAGGUUGAGGAGCAAUCUGGAAUUUUAAGUGUGUCUAAGAAGGAUCUCUAUCGAAAAGGUGAGCUCAAGAGAUGUUCCCAACUGAGAUGA